AAAGAAAAAUGAAAACGGAGAUGGAAAUCCGUCAGACUUAAUUCCAAAUAAUUUUGGUGACGUAAUGUCAUUAAGAGAAACAAAUAUAUUAUUGCCAGCUGAAUUUAGUGGUUUAGAGAGGAUUUGUUUAACUGCCAACGGUAAUUUGCAAAGGAUUUUAAG